AUGGGCUCCAUCGGGUUGCCGCCUUGCGAGUUUUUCCAGGACGUAACUUUCAUACCGCCUGACGCGAUAUUUGAGCUCACCAAGCAUUACAAUGCGGACCGUAGUGCCCAAAAGGUCAAUCUCGGCCAAGGCACGUACAAGGACGAAAAUGGUGACCCAUGGAUUUUGCCAGCAAUUCAAGGCGCCAAGGAAAAGAUCAGGGACGCCAACCACGAAUAUCUUCCAAUCUUGGGUCUGGCCAGCUUCAGAGGCCUGGCGACCGAGCUGAUGUUAGGCGAGUCUGCGCCAGCAGUGACCGAGGGGCGGGUGGCCUCGUGUCAAGCGCUGUCCGGCACGGGAGCCUUGCACUUGGCUGGUUUGAUGCUCUACCAGGCGCUGGGCCCGUCUCACACGGUCUACAUCACAGAACCCACUUGGUCCAACCAUCGUCAAGUCUUUGAGGCUGUCGGUUUCAAUGUGCAAAGCUACAAGUACUAUGACGAGGCAACGGGCAAACUGGACUUUCGCUCUGUCGAGCAGACUCUUGAAAAUGCCGAACCUGGCUCCAUUUUUGUGCUACAUGCGUGCGCUCACAAUCCCAGUGGUUGCGAUCCAAGCGAGGACCAGUGGCGGAAGAUGGCAACAAUCACUAAACGGCGGAAGCUGUUCCCGCUCUUCGAUGCAGCAUACCUGGGCAUCACCUCCGGAUCUUACGACACGGACGCCUUUGCUAUCCGGCAUUUCAUCAACGACAUGGGCAUCGAGGCGGCCGUCUGCGCAUCCUUUGCCAAGAAUAUGGGCCUCUACGGUGAGCGUGUUGGGUUAGUCAGCUUCGUCACACAGACACCCUCCGCCGCAAUGGCCGUCGAAUCCAGGUUGGCCCAGUUCGUCCGCAGCGAAAUAUCCAACCCGCCGGCCUUUGGCGCCCGCAUCGUGGCGGCUGUUCUUGGCGACGUCGAACUCCGCGCCGAGUGGCAAAGAAAUCUUCAAACCAUGAGCUCCCGAAUCGCCGGCAUGCGGCAGGGGCUGUACGAUGCGCUUGUAAAGUUAGAGACGCCGGGGCAGUGGGAGCGCAUCAUUCAGCAAAAGGGGAUGUUUUGUAUCCUGGGAUUGCCUCUGGAUCGCGUGUUGAGCUUGAAAAAGAGCUUCCACGUAUACAUGGCCGAUAACUCGCGUAUCUCGCUGGCAGGACUGAACCACAACAAUGUGCAAUAUACGGCAGAGUCCAUAGACAAAGUGCAGAGGUCCGGAUGA